GUAUCUGUCCGACAGUCCCUGAAGGCAGCAGCAGAUGCGGGUCUUAUUUGUUCUCUCCAGCAGGAGGGCGUUCCGCUGAAGAAGACACAAAUACAGUGCGCUGCAUUAUGCCGGUUGGUUGACGUUUGGAUGCUGUCAAAGCUUCGAGGUUUGUCUCAGAGUGAACAUCCAGCGUCGGGCCUUCUUUGAUGUUAGCCUUCCUGCUGGUUUCACUGCCGGGGGAAAGGCGACAGAGGAGGCCGGACUUGAAGACAUGGAGGCUAUCCGUCCUUGCAGAGGGAGUGAGCUGUAGGACGUGGUGAUUUCUACAGAGUGUCUCCUCUCAUAUUAUGGACCCUGCCCACAUUGGAGGGGAUAUGUCACCUUUGUAUGUGCCACGAAAGAGAAGAUCUGUCCAGUCACAAGCUAAAGGUGGAGUGCCAUGUCCAGUUGUUCAGCGAUUGCCAGAAAGGACGUGUGAGUUAAAUUCAGCUGGAUAUCCCAAGAAUGACGAGUGUGAAGAGCAAGACGCCGGGAAGAUGAAAAGAACCUACGGGAGGAAAAGGUACGAGGAACUCCAGAGUGUUUCCAUGGGAACGGUAGAUUACCCCACCACCAGCUGCUCGAUGAUGUCAUCGGGUGGUCCGUCAAAUGGGGCGGAUCCAGGGUCUGUGGCUCCGCCCACUGCUAGGCUCUCUCCUAGAACCGCGGGGAAGGAUGUGUGGCCCGAAGGCCCCGAGGCGGGCAGGGAUCCGUCGCAGUCUCAGGACCAGAGCUGGACCUCCAGCAGGGACCGAGGCCCCGACGCCUGGGCCCCCGGGAGAGACCGAGGUCAGGACCAGGUGUGGAACUCUGGCAGGGAGCGAGCGGGACACUCCAGUCAGGACCAGACUUGGAUCCCAGGCAGGGACAGGGCCCACUCUGGAGCCGACCAGGCCUGGAUGACGGGCAGGGAUCGGGGACCCGAGCAGGGCUGGGCGGCCGGCAGAGACCGGGGUCAGGAUCAGGCCUGGAAUGCAGACAGGGAUCAAGGGAGGGAGCGGGCCUCCUCGGGGCCGGAGCAGGCGUGGGGGACAGAACAAAACCAAGACCAAGACUGGAGCAGAGACAGAGGGCACGUCUGGAGACCAGACUUGAACAUGAAGAAAGUCAACAGAGGGGAGAUGGAGCGUAACCAACCUGCCAGUAACCUCACUCAGCCACCAGAGGGCAGCAGAAACUCAUGUUCAGAUGUAACCAGUGUUGGAGAAGCUUCCACAGCCCAACCCAGCGAGGAUCAGAAACCGCCCGUCAUCUCCACAAAGAAGGAGCCUCCUAGCUACCCUCCAGGAAGUCAGGAGGAGCGUUGGCAGCUUCAGAUUGUGGCCAAAGGUCGAGUCACCUGUCCAAAAUGUAAAAGUGUGAGCAGGAAGACGGUGGAGGGUCUGAAGAAACACAUGGAGAACUGCAGAAUGCAACCGUACAUCUGUCCACACUGUGGGAAACAGCUGAAGUCUUCAACAGGGAUGAAGUAUCACAUCAUGGCUGACCACAGCCACCUGCCGUCGGCGGACGAUGUUAAGGACCUGGACGAUCGUGUCAUCAAAGAAAAACUUCGUAAAAUCCUGAAGAGACUCGGAAAACUAAAAUGCUCCAAAGAGGGCUGUACCGCUGCGUUCACCAGCAUCAUGGGCUACGUGUACCACAUGAAGAAGUGUGGAAAGGAGGAGUCUGAGCUGGAGAAAAUGCUGCUGAACUGUUCUCACUGCGGGAAGACGUACAAAUCGAAGGCCGGCCUGGAGUACCACCUGAAAUCAGAGCAUGCUCCGACGCCCCUGAAGACCGAGGACGACGAGGCUCUGAAGGCCCAGAAGGAGGCCAACCCGGAGAGGACGGCGAGCGGCAGAGUGCAGCGAGCGUCGGCUCAGGUGGCAAACUUCCACCUGGCGGAGAUCGCCAACAACGAUCUGCCCAAAGACUGGCCCAAGAGGAAGUUCCAGUCGGACCUGGUGCCAGAUGACAAAAAGUUGAAAUAUUCCCGACCCGGCCUGCCCGCCUUCAGCCAGGAGGUGCUUAGAAAGUGGAAGAACGAGGUGAAGCUGCAGAGAAAAGUCCACUGUCCCAACCAGGGUUGUGACUGCACCUACACGAGUGUGUCUGGACUGAAAGCUCAUCUGGGACUCUGCACAAGGGGCGACUUUGAGGCUGGUAAAUACAGAUGUCUGAUCUGCAACAAAGAGUUUAACUCUGAGAGUGGAGUCAAAUACCACAUCAACUCCGUCCAUUCACAGGACUGGUUUGUGACCAACAAAAAAGCCUCCAAGAAGUUUGAAAAGUUCCUCAAAAGUCAACCCAAGGAGUACGCCCACAGCGUGGACAAGCAGAACAUGGAUCAGUACCACCACCACAACCACCACCUUCAGCAUCAUCAUCAGCAGCUUCACCAUCCUCACCAACACCAUCAGCAUCAUCAUCAUCAUCAUCUUCAUCAUCACCACCAGCAGCAGCAGCAGCAGCAGCAGCAGCAGCACCAUCAGAUCCAGCACCAACACCUGCAGCACCCUCUGCAGCCUCUGCAUCACCUGCAGCACCAGAGCCAGUUCCUCCAUCCGGAGCACCAGAGCCUCCCUCAGCAGGUGGACCCCCAGCAGCUCCAUCAGCACAUACUCCAAUACACCCCUUUGGAGCCUGCGCCCGGGCCCAUGUGGGUGGACAUGGACCGCAGGGAGGACGAGCCGGUGUCGGAGCAGGCGCCCAUCGAGACGGACCUGGACAUCAAACCCGUCGAGCUGAACAGCGUCGUCAUGGUGGAGGAGAAGAGGAGGGAGAAGGGCGAGAGAAGGAAGGUCGACGGGAAGCAGAAGGAGUGCUUUGCCUUCGGCGGCGGCGGUGGGGGCAACACCUGCAGCUCAUGCAGCGAGGCGGAGGCGGAGCAGGACAGGCAGAGACAGAUCGACCAGUGGAAUCUGAAACGGCCGGGCGUCAUGGAGCCUCACCCUGAUGCUGAAAAACGACAGAGGAACGCUUAAAAAAAGUGACACUUUCCUUCACCUGCGUCUGAUCGGAUUUGAACAGCGAUAAAAGAAGAAGAAGAAGAAGAAGAGUGUUUGUCUGUAGACAUGAAGACAACAAACCUGUGUCUCUUUUCACCACGGGACAAAACGCUUGAGAAGGCAGCUGGAGCUACGACUUAUAACUUUUGAAAGUAGAUGAAGCAUUUAUACAACGAUGGAUACCUUAAGAAGAACCUCAAAGGCGGCGGCGUGGAUAUAUAAAACUGUGUACACGUCAUGUUUGGAGGCUGUUUGUCCGUCUUGUUACUGUAUAGCCUUGAGAAAUCUAGUAUACUGUUUAUCUGUGUUAUAACCUGUAACAGAUUCUUUACACCAACGUUAAAUGUGUCCGAUUCUGUUCGAACGUUUGAUAAACCUUCUCGUCUUUCAUGUUUACCUACAAGGGAGCGUUUAACCGUAAAGGGGAGGGUGCUACAGUGAAGUAUUUUGUUAGUCUUGUUUAGCUGCUCGCUAUAAAAAAAAGAUUUUGUGCCUCUUGAGUAUGAUCUGUAGAGCGUCAUACAACUCAUCACCACUUUUACUUAAAAAGCUUUUUCUGCUAUAAUGAGCUAGAGACGAGAAUAGUUCUCUCUGGUUUGGAUUCCCUUCACCCCUGAACCAUACUUAUAAAAAGUGCGGUUUGACUUAAAGGUCACAUAUUAUACAAAAUCCUCUUCGCCAUGUUUCUCUAACUCUAACAUGUGUCCCUAGUCCGUCUACAAACCCCCCAAUUAUGAGAAAGUCCAUCCUCUCUGUCUUUUGCCUGCUCCACUUUUCAGAAAAUGUGUGCUCAAACAGGCCGUUUGGAUAUUUUCCCUUCAUGACAUCACAAAGAGCAGUAGCCCCUCCCCCAGGUGGGUGACACUCCCACAGCUAGGUGUUUGUUCUGCUCUCUGAGUCUGCCUUCUCACCGUAAACAAUAGGACAUGGAGCGAGAAAGCACCGAGUACACCCAAGCCCUUCCAGAGAGGGGGCGUGGUCAGACACAGCUCAUUUACAUAUUUAAAGGUACAGACACAGAAACAGCCUGUUCUGAGCAGGGCUGAAAUAGAGGGGUUUAUAGACAUGAUCAAAUACAGGAUCAGAGUGGAUUUAGAACAAGACACUUCACACACAUGUUUUGAGGAGCUCUGAGACUUAUUUACACUGGUUGAAGAGGAGGAGAAUAUGUGACCUUUAAGGUAAUUCUCUGGCUUUUUUGUGACUUUUCUGCUGUUAUUUUGUAGCAAAAGAGGAUUUGUGUCGAGGUGGUGUGCAGUAAAAAGCGUUGGAACAGGAAAAUUGCACAAAAAGCAAAGGAGUAAGUCAAUCCAUUGCAUUAAAAUAUAAAGUUAAAGCCUUUGUGGCAACAUAUUGAAAUUAAACUUUUAGGGAAAACUCUCAAACAGUUACUUGUCAAACUUGUUAAGUAAAAAGCAACAGGUUCAAAUCCAUGCACUUCUUCUGAGGUCGUCAAAUGUUCAAUACUCUGAUGCCUUUCGAUACCACGUGCUUUGAAGAGGUAUACUCUUGAUGAUUGAUGGUAGUAGAAAUGUAUAAAAGCUCAGGAGGCAAAACACAACGUAAAAAAGACAAACGGACGACAUAAUAACAGUCCUUAGAUUAUCAAAAGGAAACUAUUUUGCCAAAAUUCUUUUAACAGAUGAAUCAUCUGAGUCCAGCUUCUUUAUUAUAAAGGCUUUGUGUAUGCCUCUGUCAGUCAUGAGAGUUAAUGAAGAGUCUUUGGAUAUUUGACUUUUUGACUGACGGACACCAAUUUUAAGAUGUCAGCGUUUUUCUUGUGUAAAUGGCGGGAAGUCAAAUGUUCAUGCUUCCCUUUAAGUAAAACGAUGUCUCCCUGCAACCCUCCUCAGUCAUCAAACGUAUCUAUGGGUAACAAACAAGUCGGCCAUGGUGCCUCUUUUGAGUUUUACAAUUGUUUUAUCGCCAUUUCCCAGAAUUCACCAGAAAAUGUCUCUUAAAUUAAAUGCAUUAAGUUCAUCAAUUUAUUCACUUGUUUAGUUUACUUGCUGAGUAUCAUCUUACAAACAACACCUUCAUUUCAGGAACUGCUUAGGAGUAUCCCCCACCCCGCUGUUGAAACACUUCCCAUGUUGUCUUACGCUUGUGACCAAAUCUCAACCACCAUGCAUGCACUUUGAACAUGCUCGCUGAGCAUUUAGACACUUUACAAGUGUUACAUGAAGCCGCCCUCGUCUCAUUACUGAAACGUGUUUCAUAUACGGUAAACAUAGAACGGAUGGGGGAUGUUUCCACUGUCAGUCACACCUCGUCUUCCUGCCGUUUCUUUAGUCAAAGAAGCAUUUUGACAUCUUAGUACUGAAGCACAGUUAAGUUAGCAAACAUAGGUGGAAUAGAAAGCCUGUGUUGCUUUUAUUUUUGUUUUUUAGUGCCAACAGAUGAGUUUUACCAACUGUAGGCAGUGGAUCCAAAAUAACGACAUUGUGUGAUUAAAUAUGAACUGUGUUGACCAGUAGAAAGUCCAGUUUUCACGCUAAGGGCGACACUUGUGAGGAGGGCCCCGACCGAUUUGUUAUUUUUGGGGCCGAUACCGAUAUCUAGCUAGGGAGAGAAAAAAAUCCAUUACUGAUUUAUCGGCCGAUAUCUCUCUUAGAUCUAUGUUGCAUCUAAGUUCUUAGAUCUGUAGAGAUAGAUGGAUAUAGAAGUACACAUGUAUUGUGUUGAUUCCUCAAAAGCAGUUAUCAAACACUUUUGGAAAAGAUAUUUAAUGAAGACAAGAUGGUCACUCUACUAGAAAGUAACUGAGCAUGAAUGUGCAUCAUAUCAUUGUUGUAAUCCAUAUAGCGCCCUCUGCUGGUGACAGCCAGAUGGAUACCUCCUGGUGUAAUACAACAAUACUCAAAUGAAAUGUUAUUUGACUGGUGAAUAAAUCUAGUAAUAUCGGCGCGUUUCUGUGAUAAAAUAGCCGAUACUGAUAGUCACCGGAUACGCUGAUAUUGGCCGACAUUAUCGGCUAGCUGUUUAAUCAGUCGGGCUCUACUUCUGAGGCAUGUUUAUUUUUCAAAGUCUCUCUUUGGGAGUUUUUGAAAGCCAGAAACACGUAGAGGAUUGGUUAGAACCACUGUGUCUCCCUUUUCCCUUCUGAAGUAAAGUGUUGUCUUUUUUGCAAAGGUGUUGUCCAGUCGCCAUACUUCUAGAUAUGAUGCUGAAAAUGUUUUUUAUGCUGAACACGGAGGCUGUGUUGUCAAAGUGAUGAAGCUCUGUGAAUUGAAUGAAGACUGAAACACUGUUGUCUUAACAUCAUUACCGAGUUAAAGGUGUACAGUACACGUACUAAUAUAGACCAGGUUUGAAUAAAGCUAGUCUUUUGAAUUAGUUAACACAUUAAGAAAGCGCUUCAUUUUCCAUUUGUGCGAUAUAAUUUGUAUUCACAAGGAAAUAGACAUGAUUUUAACCAAAUCUGUACAUUUAAUAUGUUGUUUUUUUUAGAAGUAUAACAUGCUGCUAUUUCAUAGAACCAGCAGUGUCAUAACCACAGAUGAUUAAAAGUUUAAUUCAUGGA